AUAACCCCUACGAACCCUUCUCUUCUCUCUUCUCCUUCCGACGCACUUCGCUCCGCCACUCUCCUCGCCGCAAUCAACUCCCUCACCGCCGCCAUUUUCCUCCAUUUUCAGUUUGAAGAAUGAGUUUCUGUAAUUGUUGAAGCAAAAGAAACAAUGUUCAGUGUUCGAAAUCUUCAUAGACAUUACUCCUUCAAACCCUUUUCAUCUCUCUUUCAACUUCAAUCCAAUCUCUUCAGAACUGUUUUGCCUUUAGGACAAGGAGUAGAGCAAAGCAAAACUGAUGAUAAAAUUGAAGCCGACCAUAAAGUUAGCUUUUACUGUUAUGUUAAACCGUUGAAUCUUUUGAAUGGAUCGUUGUGUCGGGGAAUGUCAACGAUGAGAGGAAAGAGUAUGCGAAGCAAGGUGGAAAGAAGAAUGCAGAAAGAGUCUGGUAAAACAAUAAGGGAGCUUCGUAGAGCUAAAAAAUUGACGAAGAAACUUAUGACCGACGAGGAGCGGCUCGUUUACAAUCUCAAAAGAGCAAAGAAAAAAAUUGCAUUGCUACUGCAAAAGCUCAAGAAAUAUGAGCUACCGGAGCUGCCUCCACCACGGCAUGAUCCAGAGCUCUUUACACCCGAACAGCUUCAGGCGUAUAAAAAAAUUGGAUUCAAGAACAAGAAUUAUGUUCCAGUUGGUGUUCGUGGAGUAUUUGGAGGAGUUGUGCAAAAUAUGCAUCUCCAUUGGAAGUUUCAUGAGACUGUGCAAGUUUGUUGUGACAACUUCCCUAAGGAAAGAAUAAAAGAAAUGGCUUCAAUGCUUGCAAGACUGAGUGGUGGGAUCGUGUUAAAUGUUCAUAAUGUGAAAACAAUCAUUAUGUUCCGUGGUAGAAAUUACCGCCAACCCAAAAAUUUGAUACCUAUUAAUACCCUUACAAAGAGGAAGGCCCUAUUCAAGGCCAGAUUUGAGCAAGCUCUUGAAUCUCAGAAGUUAAACAUAAAGAAAAUAGAACAGGACCUGCGGCGGAUGGGAGUAAAUCCCGAGGAUCCAACUGCAAUGGCCAGCAUCCAAAGAGUGGCUUCCACUUUCUUCAAUGCCAUUGACAAGAAAGAUGGAAGUCCUUAUGUUAACCGUGGAGACAAAUCAUCACUAAUAGAACCUAAUGAUGGUUUGGAGGAAUCAGAUCCUUCUGCUGAUUCUGAUCAGGAUGAGCUAGAUCGAUUCAUCGCUGAUAUAGAGAAUGCCGCCGAUAAAGAAUAUGAAGCUGAAGAGGCCAAAGAAAAGGAAGAGUUUGGAAGACUUAGAUAUUGGAACAGAGAAGAGUAUGGUGGAAGAUUCAGAAGAUUGGACGAUUCUAGAAAUGAUGGUGAGGUUAGAGGCUCAAGAGUUCGGCAGAAUAUACAUCCCAAGCAUCGGACUGCCGAUAGUGACGAUGAAGAGAAUGCUCAUUCUGACAAUGACGACGACGAUGAUGAGUGGCAUCCUGGUAAUAUUGCCGAUGACAGUGAUGUUGACAGCAAUUUUGAUGGCUCUGAUGAAGCUAGAGGUAGGUUCAAGGAAAGUAGGGGGAGAAGAGAGAGGAUAAAUAAUACAAGUAUUGCCAAUGGUCAAGUUAAUGGUGGUCAGAGCAGACACGGUGAAGCUAAAUUUAGGACGAAUAUGGGUGUACAAGAUUUUGAAUCAGAAGAUAUACUUAGUGAAGUUGAAAAUGCAAUGUGGGAGUCGGAUUUAGAGGAUCAUGACUCGGUACAUUUGAGAGGAGCCAAUAGCAAUAACUAUAAGAGCAGCAGCAGCGAUGAUGAGGGUCAGAUUGAUGAUUCUACUCAAUAUCAUAAUAGUUUUAAUGCACCAAAGAGUUUGAGAGGCAGGCAAGCAGGAAUUAUCCGCACUAAAUCCGGGUCCAGGGACGCCUUUAGUGGUUCGGAAGACUGGAUGUCCCAAUCAGAGGGUGAGGAGGACACAAGAGGUGAUGAUAAGGACUACCCUACAAGUCAAAAUAGUAAGGUGGUCAAAAGUGAUAUCCAUAAGAAGAGAUCACCAAAGGAAGCUGAUGAAGCUUGGGACAGUGACUAGGCCAAGUAAAUGCUAGACCAUAAUUCAUUGUAGUUUUUCAAGACUUUGUUUGACAAGCAGAACGGAUAGAGAGCGACUUUUCCCACCUCACGUUUUUCAGAAACCACUAUUGACUCUGGAAGUGUACUUUCGGACAACAUAAUUUGUUCAGAUGCGUACUUUAGGACGUCAUAAAAUCUGUGAUUUUUUUCAUAUUCGUACACCGGAAGUUAUUUAGGUGGGUGAAAAGUUCUGCCCGAAGAAAUUGUUGAUUGGUCCAAACAAAAUCAUCAAGGUUUGAAGCUUAAUGUAGUCGUUUUAUUAAGCUCUUUCAUGGAGUUUCCUCUUACUGUUAUUCUUUCUCACAAUAAUGUUACCUCCUCAACUCCUCAAGGUUCUAUUGUCCUACUAGUCAUGAUGUACUUCAUAUAUUAUAAGUGGAAUAACAGACAUUGUGCUAUGAGUUUCUGCUAAAGAAAACUGUUUCUCAGUGAAGAAAAUUUUCAGAUUCAUCGGAGAUAAGGAGCCUAUUUGGAUACACUUUUGAUUUUAGUUUUUUGCGUCCCAACACCUUUUUGUCGUAGCUUUUCUGAAGCCACUAUUCGUAGCUUUUGAGUAAUGUUCCGUCUGAUUAAUAUCUCACCAUGAACACACAACAAUUACCCUUCACUAUUUUUCAUAGACAUAUUUCUUGUUUGAAGGGUAUGUCACAUUUUUUUAA